AUGGACUACUGGGGUCGGCCUUGGACAGCUGGCUGGCAGAAGCCACGUUACACCCAACAGUCUUGGGGCUACGGCGGAUACGAGGACCGGCGCGCAGCAUGGAAUUUUCAGCAGGGCUGGCGGGAAUCCUCGAGCUCCGGACGGUAUGGCUGGGAGGAGCUUCGUAGUCGAGCUGUUCCCCCGCCGCCGAGACCGAGGCAGCGGCUGCAAGUCCCCGAGCUGGACCUCUGCGGCCAGGACCGCGGCCACCUCCUCGAG